AUGAGAGGAGGAGGAGGAUUUCGCGGAGGCGGUAGAGGCGGCCGAGGCGGCCGCGGUGGUGGCGGCGGUGGAGGUCGGGGGAGAGGCGGUGGUGCUGGAGGUUUCAAGAGUGCGAGAGGAGGUCGUGGUGGAGGUCGUGGCGGGCGUGGUGGUGGUCGUGGUGGGGGUGGAGGCCCAGCGAAGGUGGUGGUAGUGCCGCAUCGUUUUGAGGGUGUUUUUAUGUCUAAAGGGAAAGCAGAUUCGUUAGUAACUCGCAACAUGGUUCCUGGGGAGUCUGUAUACGGAGAGAAGAGAAUGGAGGUAACCCAGGAGUCUGGCGAGAAGAUUGAAUACCGCAUUUGGAAUCCUUUCCGCUCCAAGUUGGGUGCUACAUUGGUGGGAGGAGUGGCUAAUAUGCCUAUUAAGCCGGGCUGCAAAGUGUUGUAUUUAGGUGCAGCAAACGGCACAACUGUUUCGCACGUCUCGGAUAUAGUAGGCCCUGAAGGUGCGGUGUACGCAGUGGAGUUCUCUCAUCGUUCUGGGCGGGACUUAACGAAUAUGGCGAAGAAAAGACCAAAUAUCGUUCCUAUAGUUGAAGAUGCACGGCAGCCUCUUAAGUACCGCAUGCUUGUAGAUAUGGUGGAUGUUAUUUUCGCCGAUGUCGCUCAGCCUGACCAGUCGCGUAUCGUUGCAUUGAAUGCACAUUAUUUCCUCAAGCCAGGUGGCUGGUUUAUAAUUUCUAUUAAGGCGAAUUGUGUCGAUUCUACUGCGAAACCUGAAGCGGUCUUCGCAGCAGAAGUCGAUAAGCUCAGAAAAGAGAAAUGCAAACCCAAAGAGCAACUCACGCUCGAACCUUAUCACAGAGACCACGCCGUCGUGAUCGGGCAAUACCGGGUUUCGAAGAAGAAGUAA